GGACAUGAGUUUGAGUAAACUCCGGGAGUUGGUGAUGGACAGGGCCGCCUGGCGUGCUGCAGUUCAUGGGGUCUCAAGGAGUCGGACACGACUGAGCAACUGAACUGAACUGAACUGAGCACAUCUAGAAAGGGGAAUUUGUCAUUAGCUAAGAUAAAUGAAGUAUUAGCUAUAUCUGAAACCCCUCCUGCACCAACACCCCUCACUAUAAAAGGCAGUACAAACUGGAAUAAACUGAUUUUAAGUAAAUAUGAACUGUCUUUAUAUGCCAAAAUACCUCCAUACUUUCAACCGAUAUCGGGAGCCUAAACCAUGCACCUUCGGUAAAUUAGCUCAGACUGGACUUUCAAUCUUUAGUCAUGUGCUUUACCUAGAUACGUUAUAAAUAUUGUUUAUAGUUGUUAGUCACUGUUGUUUGAUGGCCUUAAUGACUAGUUAUCUUAGUUCGUAAUUAACUAUACAUGUGGAAUAGCCUCAAGAAGCUAUUUCUAAAACACAACUCUUAUAACUAAUUGAAUAUUUGAGAUUUUGUCAGUAUAGCCCAGACCUCAACCUCUUAUCCAUUUCAGACAGCAUUUGUGUCAAAUGUGAGCACUUACCUAUUAAGUGCAAGUAGAUAAACAAUUCUUAUAUAAACUACUGAAAGUUCAUUAGGUUUGUCAUUAAGUCACAAGUUAUAAGUGAAAAACUUAAAGACAAGACAUUUGUUCCCACAGACUAAUAUUCAAUGAGUUGAGUAGAACUGAAACAUAUACAUUUUCAAAAGUUUUUUUCAAUCAAUACUUGGAGUAGCAUGUGUUCUCACCAUAGUUGUUUCUACUACUAAAAAUAAAUUAUAGACUGAAUGUGAAGAAUCACAUCUCUUUUUCAGAUAAUUUUCUUUGGGAGUAGAAAAACAAAUGUUUAGAAAGAAACUCAUUUACCAAAAAUAUCUAAAAAGAAGAAAAGGAGUAGCAUGUGUUGCAUGUCUCCUGCAUGCAGUUCAGACGUAGAGCUAGAUUCUUCACUCAUCAUCUCUGGUCAUCCUUGUAAGAAGACACACCAGAUUAGCAUCACUGGCUCCAUUUGACAGACUGAAGAGCUCAAAUCAAGAAAGUUAAAGUUCAUUAAAUCUAACCACGAAAGUAUCUGGCUCAAAGGGGCGUCUGCAGUCUGAUCUAAAGGCAGUGAAUAUUUUUAGCCUUUGCCUUUCAGGUUAUAUAUGAGGAUAAUUCACUAAAAUACCAAGCUAUGAAGAAAAACUCCAAGAGAAACCACGGUUCAAGAGUUUCUGACAUAGAAUUGAACUCAGUGGAUGCUGAAAAGGAAAAAAAAGAGUGUCAAAAUAAUUUUGUUGAACUGCUGCCUCCAGAAGUUACUUUUAAAAUUUUCAGUCAGUUAGACAUCCGGAGCUUGUGCAGGGCUUCGGUGACAUGCAGGAGCUGGAAUCAUGCAAUAAGACACAGCGACUCCUUGUGGAAACCUCACUGCCUGACUGUAAGAGCUGUCUGUCAAAGAGAGAUAGAUGACGAUCUAGAGAGUGGUUAUCCCUGGAGGGUCAUACUACUGAGGAAUUACCAGAAGAGUAAAGUGAAACAUGAAUGGCUAACUGGCAGAUACAGCAACAUAUGUUCUCCUAUCAGCCUACCAGAAAAAAUCAUGUACCCAAUGGAUGCAGACACGUGGGGGGAAAUUCUAGAAGCAGAAUUGGAAAGAUAAGCAGAAAGCUCUCCUGACUUUGAGAGUUUAAAACCAAAAUGACUCUUAGAUUAUAAAAAGUAUGUCUUUAACAGUCCAUUUUUUUGUUUGCAUUUUUAUUAUUUAACACUUAAAAGAAAACUAAAUAGAAAAUAUAAAAAAUAAAACUUUGUUUUCAUUUUGCACUUUAGGUAAAAUAAUGUUUUACCUAAAUGUUUCUGGUUUUACUGUAAUGUGGAAAAAUCAUGAAAUGUUAUUUAUAUAAAAAUCUUAUACUGAUAGGGUGAUUUCAGAAUGUAUUAUUUCAUGUAUUUGUGUUGGUCUGUUGUAGUACUUCAGUAUUUUAAUGACUAAAGAGUUUUAUUAGUGUUCUCUGCUUAAUGAUAAUUUGAAAAUUCAAGAAACGAUGUGAAGGAACUGAUUUAGAGAUUUAUUAAUUAGUAGACAUAGUUAGGCUCAUGGGAAAAAUCCCUAAAUGAAAUUAAUAGCAAUAUGUUUAAGUGUAUAGUAAAUGUAUAUUUUAAUAACUUAAAAUUUUCCAUUUCACUGGAAUCAGAUUGAAUUGUCAAACACUGAAAACAUUUUGUGUUAAACAUGUGGUUUAAUUUUAAAUGAGUCCAACCAGAGAACUAAAAUUUGUGAGAUUAAGUUCCCCAUUACUUGCCUACAAACCUUGAAAUACUCUCAGGGGCUGAAAUGUAUGGAAAGUGCCGUCAGAACCUCCACACUGUUUUUCUUGGUAAAACUUAUCUUCUUUCUGACAUCUUGUAGCACCAUCUAGUGUACUUCUUGUAGAUAACCAAGAAAAAGGACCAGCUCCUUUUUGUUUUUCCACAUUUAAAAGAAAGGAAAAUAUUAUUUACAAGAAACCUAUAUACUUGACUUCGUUAGAGUUUAUAGCUUUAUAGGAACCUUUAACUUUUGUUCUCUUUUACUUAAAAGUAGAUGAUAUAUUCGUGGUACCAGAUUGUUCAGUCUGAAACUGUGAUCAGCACCAUAGGUAAUGUGACUACAAGACAUUUUAGUUAGUAUGGGAUUUUCUUCUUAAAUUAUGCUCUAUUGCAUGAAAAGUAAGAGUCCAGGAACUCAAUAUUUAACAAGUCAACGAAUAUGAGGAAUAUGUCCUGCUGUAUACAGAUUCUCUUUGUUGAAUCAAGUAGGUGAUGAUUGGUUCAGUUCAGUUCAGUUCAGUCACUCAGUCGUGUCCGACUCUCUGCGACCCCAUGGACUGCAGCACGCUAGGGUUAUCUCCUACUAUCUUCUUGGGGGUAGAAGGGACCUUGAAGAUCAGACAGUCCAGUCUCUAGGAUUAUUCGGUAAUCCCCACUAUAGGAAUGUUCUUUUCACUCACCAUUAAUUCUCUUCUUCGUAAAUUCUUUUGUACAGUGUAUCAUCUUAACCUGGAAACCAUUCCUACCUUCUACCAUUCUGCAUUAAGUGACCCUUUUAAGGUUCUGUAGUUCUUUGUACAUACCAUUCUCAAAGCUGUCAUACUACAUUAAAUUGUCUGUUUGAUUUGUGUAUCUCCCCGGUUAGAUUGUGAGCCGCUUAAUGGCAGGGACCAUUUAUUUAUUUUUGUGUUCCCAAACCUGGAACAUAGUAGAUAUUUCAUAGAGUUGUUAAAUUAUUUUUAUAUUAUUUAUUUUAAUCCUACCCAGAAUGUAAAAUAAAAAUGACAUAUUUUAGUAGAUAAUAUUGUACUGAAAUGCAAUGUACAAACCCAUAAGAUACAUGGGAUGCUUAAUAUUAAUGCUAGUGUAUGAAGAAUUAUUCUUGUUUUCUUAAAAGCUGUAAGAGAAAAAUAGGAAAGAAGAAAUAUUUUUUGAAUAAACACUUGAAAAUGUACUUCA